AUCGAACUUCUCAACGGAUCUCUUUGAGCGACCUGUCUGGAAUAAUCCGGAUUUUUAGGCACUCUCAAUUCUUUCAGAGAGAACGUGAUUGAAUGCACACGUCGGGAUAAUUGAUAACGCCGAGUACAUUCCACAGAUUUGAUUGAAUCGUGCGUCGAGGGCAGUUCAAUUAAUCUUAAGUAUUCUGGAGAUAAUUCAGAGACCCUUACACCAUGGUUAACGUUAACACAAGAGUAUUCUUUGACAUUGAGGUCGGCGGACUGCCUAUGGGCAGAAUAGUCUUUGAGCUAUUUUCAGACACUUGUCCCAUAACAUGCGAGAAUUUUCGAGCGUUAUGUACUGGAGAAAAAGGACUUGGGAAUACAACAAACAAACCGUUGCAUUACAAAGGCAUCGUUUUUCAUCGGGUCGUAAAAGAUUUUAUGAUUCAAGGAGGAGAUUUCUCGAUAGGCAAUGGAACAGGUGGCGAGUCGAUUUAUGGUGGUACAUUUGGAGAUGAAAACUUUAUUAUGAAACAUAACAAGCCAUUCUUGUUAUCAAUGGCGAAUCGUGGUAAAGAUACCAAUGGUUCACAAUUUUUCAUUACAACACAACCAGCGCCUCACCUCGACAAUGUCCAUGUGGUUUUUGGAGAAGUAGUGUCUGGGCAAGAGAUCAUUACGCAUAUUGAAGGACUUCCAGUAGACCGAAUGUCACGUCCAUUACAAGAUGCUAAGGUUGUGAACUGUGGCGAAUUAGUCUUGAAGAUCAAAAGUAAAGUGAAAAAACGAGAAGCGAAGCAAAGUAGUUCAGCAGAUUCAGAGUCUGAUUCUUAUGCUGAUAAAACAAAGAAGAAAAAGAAGAGCAAGAAAAGUAAAAAGAGAGCAAAGUCAGAAGAAGGUGAGAUUCGGGAUUCUGAGGAAGACGAUGGGAAACCUCAUCCAUUAGUAUCCGUAACCAAAAUUGAUCCCGACGAAAUUCCAGAAGUACCAGCAAAUAAAUUUUUAUAUAGGGCAGGGUCUACCAAUAAUGCAAAUCAGAAGGAAUUUAGACAGCAUUAUGGAAGAGAUCGUGUACGAUCUCAUAGAAAGACUGGUCGUAUUUUCAAGGGUAGAGGAAUAUUUCGAUAUCAUACUCCUUCUCGAAGUCGUUCCAGAAGUAUGACACCACCUCAUUGGAAACAAGCUCAAAAUCGUACUAUUAAAUUACAUGAAUUUCAGAAAAUAGAAAAAGAGCGUCUUAAGAAAGAAGAAGAGUUUAAACAACGUGAAAUUGACAGAAUUAAGAGAUUCGUAGAGAAUCCCAAUGAAAAUGAUCAAUUGCCAGAUCUCGAUAACAAUAUAUGCACAACGAAAUUAAUGGAGAAUAAAGAGAACGAUCAAGCAGAUGAACCAGCAGUUAUGACUAAACUGACACAGGAUAAUAACAUAAAGAGAAACGCAGAGGGGAAUGAUAUUAUACAGAACAAGGAGGAGAUUAAGCACAGUAAAUAUGAGAAGUCAUUCAAACGUGAUGCUAACCGUUCUUACAAUGAUAGAAACUCUCGUCGUGAUUCUAAAGAUACUAACAGAAGACGUGAACGCUCUCGCUCAAGAGAUCGUCGAAGAUCCAGAGAGAGAGAUUAUGAUCGUAGAAGUCGUGAUAGAAGAAAUCGGAGAAAUUAUUCUCCUCGAAGACGAGAUUCUUACAGAACCAACAGACCUGGAAGAGAUAACAGGCAUUAUGAUAAGCGCAAUGAUCGACGUCGGAAUAAUUCGAAUUCCCAUCAGGACAAUGAUAUCAACUCUCGUUACGAUAAAAAUAAAUAUAAGAGGAAUGAUAAUGUAUCAGACACGAAUCAAGCGAAAUUUAAACGUCGUUCACAGUCAAACAGCUCCAGUAGUCGACACUCCAAAGAUUAAUCCGCGUCGUUUCACGUUCUUUUUUUCGCUUAUUGACACCAAUGAAAUACUAUUAAAGUAAAAUUUGUGACUUAUUUAAAAUAAAUAUUUGAACGAUUAGUUUAUAAUGCAGUACUUAUUAGAUAUUUCAUAUACAAUAAUAGAUAAGCAUAUACAAUAUAUACAUAUGUUUCUGUGGUCUACACAAUAGACUGUUUUUAAUCGCCGCACUGCAAACAGCGCUAAAGCUUUUUUUUCUCUUUUAUCAAAAAUCAAAUAUAAGUCUAUUAUUUUAAGUACGAAUGACACUAGUUCAACUAUAAAGAAUAGAUUUAAUAAAGCCGUAAUCAGACUAGAGAAUGAUGACGAAUUCGGCACACAUGCACUCUGGUGCUGCCCCGGUGUAAAUGCAAAAUCACUUUGGUGCUAUGCCAAAUUGUACUGUCAGAAACGUCAGUGCAAUACUUCUUGAAUUUGUUCAUUUAUUUGGUUAGCCCAAAUAUAAAUUCAGCUAUACUGAAUCAGUUUUCAUUUGCCGAAUAUGACAAAAUGGACUGAUACAGUUCAUAAACCGAAUGUGUGGCAUUGAAAAAGUUCGCACUGGGUGCGCACUAGUGCAAU